AUAAAUCGUGUAUGAAGUCGAGUAUAGAAGCGGUGUUCUGUUAAUCUUCGGCGACUCAUCCUACUCAGUCAUUGAAACGGUACAUCUUACGGCGGCGCACGCCGGUUUUUUGUCUAUUAUUACAGUAAUUUAAUAUAAUACUAAUUAUAAGUGCUAAAUAAACUGAAAAUGAAGUACUUCUUCUUACUCGGAGUGGCCCUCCUGCUCCUAUCAGGAUGGUGUCACGCACAGGAAGGUGUAGGGACCGUGGAGGAAGUGACAGUGGAUGCGGACCUGGGCUCCUCUCGAGAGGGAUCUCGCACCGACGCGGAGGCGGUGCUGCGCGAGGAGGAGGCGAUCUCCCCGGACGAGCUGAGCGUGGCGCAGAUGCGGCAGAUGCGCGAGCGCGCGCAGAACUUCACGUUCCAGACCGAAGUCAACCGCAUGAUGAAGCUCAUCAUCAACUCGCUCUACCGGAACAAGGAGAUUUUCCUGCGUGAGUUGAUCUCGAACGGCUCGGACGCGCUGGAUAAAAUCCGGCUGCUGUCGCUGACGGACCGGGAGAUCCUGAACGCCAACCCAGACCUGAGCAUCCGCAUCAAGGCGGAGCCUGAGAAGCGCCUGCUGCAUAUCAUCGACUCUGGCGUGGGCAUGACUCGCCAAGACCUCGUGCAGAACCUCGGAACCAUCGCCAAGUCCGGCACUGCUGACUUCCUAUCCAAGAUGCAGGACUCAGAGAAAAGCGGCGCGCAGGAGAUGAACGACAUGAUCGGCCAGUUCGGCGUGGGCUUCUACUCCGCCUUUCUGGUGGCGGAGCGCGUGACGGUGGCCUCCAAGCACAACGACGACUCGCAGCACGUGUGGGAGUCCGACGCCAACUCCUUCAGCGUGGCGCCCGACCCGCGCGGCGACACGCUCAAGCGCGGCACGCACAUCACCCUGCACAUCAAGGAGGAGGCGGCAGACUACCUGCAGCCGGACACCAUCCGCGCGCUCGUCAAGAAGUACUCGCAGUUCAUUAACUUCCCCAUCUACCUGUGGGCGGCGCGCACCGAGACCGUGGAGGAGGCCGAGCCCGAGGACGAAGGUGACGGCGACGACGACGCCAAGGUGGAGGAAGCGGAAGAGAAGAGCGAGCCCAAGAAGACGGAGAAGACAGUGUGGGACUGGGAGCUGAUGAACGACAACAAGCCCAUCUGGACGCGCAAGCCCAGUGAGGUGGCUGAGGACGAGUACACUUCCUUUUACAAGAGCCUCACCAAAGACACCGCCUCUCCGCUGGCCAAAGCCCACUUCGUGGCGGAGGGCGAGGUGACGUUCCGCGCGCUGCUGUUCGUGCCGCGCACGCAGCCCGCAGACUCCUUCAACCGCUACGGCACCAAGACCGACCACAUCAAGCUCUACGUGCGCCGCGUCUUCAUCACCGACGAGUUCAACGAGCUCAUGCCCAACUACCUGGCCUUCAUACAGGGUAUCGUCGACUCGGAUGACCUGCCGCUAAACGUGAGUCGUGAAACACUGCAGCAGCACAAGCUCAUCAAAAUCAUAAAGAAGAAGCUGGUGCGGAAAGCUCUUGAUAUGCUCAAGAAGAUCCCGGACGACGAAUACGACCAGUUUUGGAAGGAGUACUCCACCAACGUGAAGCUGGGAGUGAUCGAGGACCCGUCCAACCGCGCGCGGCUGGCCAAGCUGCUGCGCUUCCAGUCGUCGCGCGGCGCCGGCGCCACGUUCCUGGCCGACUACGUGGCGCGCAUGCGGCCGGGCCAGGCGCACAUCUACUACAUCGCCGGCGCCAGCCGCGCCGAGGUCGAGAAGUCGCCGUUCGCCGAGCGUCUCGUGAAAUCCGGCUACGAGGUCCUGUACCUCACCGAAGCCGUGGACGAGUACUGUCUGUCUUCCCUGCCCGAGUAUGAAGGAAAGAAGUUCCAGAAUAUCGCUAAAGAAAUAUUCGACCUGAACGAAAACGAGCAGCAGAAAGAGCGCAUGGAGGCGUACAAGAAGGAGAUGGAGCCGCUGACGCGCUGGCUGGGCGACAAGCUGGGCGCCUGGGUGACGCGCGCCGAGGUGUCGCGGCGCCUGGCGCGCUCGCCCGCCGCGCUGGCGGCCACGGCCUUCGGCUGGACCGGCAACAUGGAGCGCCUGGCGCUGUCCAACGCGCACCAGAAGUCGGACGACGCGCAGCGCCGCCACCACCUCUCGCAGAAGAAGAUGCUGGAGAUCAACCCGCGCCACCCCGUCGUGCGCGAGCUGCUGCGCCGCGUGCUCGCCGACCCCGACGACCCCGCGGCGCUGGACGCGGCGCGCACGCUGUACCGCACGGCCGCCAUGCGCUCCGGCUUCAUGCUGCAGGAGGGGCAGGCCGUGGAGUUCGCCGAGUCGGUGGAGGCCAUGCUGCAGGGCGCGCUGGGCCUGCCGCCCGACGCGCGCGUGGAGGACGAGCCCGAGGACGAGCCGAGCGCGCCCGAGGGCGAGCCGGGCGAGCCCGACGAGGAGGGCGAGGCCGAGGCCGAGGCCGCGCACGAGGAGCUGUAGGGAGCCGCGAGCGCUACUGUGUAGUGACGCGGUAGAGUAGGCACGGGCUCGUGGAGUCGGUGGAGUGAGCGGCGCGGCGAACUGUUUAAGACUGCAUUUUUUUUACAUUUAAUUUAAAUGUGUCCGUAUGCCUGAAAAGAAUGCCUGUAAAUAAACUAUAAUAUUUAAUGU